GGAAUUAAUAACCUCCCCAUUUCUCUGUUUUCACCUCCUUUAAUUCUUAAUUGUUUUUGCACCAUUGGUAAUCAUACCAUGAGGCUUCGAUUGAAUCAUCUCGUCCCAAAUGAGGUACCCGUCGCUGAAAAGCCAGCCCAAACCUCAUCUGCGGAUGAAGAGAAAGUGCCCGCAACCACAGCCAGUGCGCUCCAGGCAAAUGACGAAUUUAUCACGAACAAAGAAUUUCAACAUGGAGUCCAAGCAGCUGAGGCUAUUACUUAAAUGUGGACUAAGAAUCAUUUGAUUUUUGCUUCUGUUCUGUUAGUAUAAAAUCUUCGCGAUUUAAACGCUUUUGAAUAUCGAAUUGUUUCACUGACGGUUUAUGAUUUAGUAUCAUUGAAUUCAUAAUGACAUUCGCCUCCGGAUUAACUAGCACACUUACCCCCAAUGUAACCUCCUCUUUCGAAGCUCACUCCCUCACAGCAACAACUUCCAUUAUCUCUAGUCUUAUAGCCGGUCUCAUUAAACUACCAUAUGCAAAGGCCAUAGAUAUCUGGGGUCGCCCUCAAGCGUUCUGUAUUAUGGUUGCUUCGUGGACCCUUGGUAUGGUCGUGAUGCGGGAUGCCAGGAUGUCAAGACAUAUUGCGCAGCUCAAGUGUUCUACUACGUUGAAUACAACAGUAUUGGUUUUACGCUUACAAUCUUCAUCGCUGAUACCACACAACUAAAAAACCGAGCCUGGUGGAUUGCUUUCUCAUCUUCGCCAUGGGUUGUAACGGUGUGGGCAAGAGGGCCUGCUGCCCAAAGUGUUUUGAGCACCAUUGGAUUGAGAUGGGGCUUUGAUAUUUGGGCUAUCAUUUUACUAAUUAUCUGUGCGCCUUUGUUCGGGCUUUUCUAUUUCUAUCAGAAAAAAGCUGGAAAAAAAGGGCUGAUUCAGGAGAUCGAUAGUGGAAGAAGCUGGACUGAGUCAUUCCUUUACUAAUGCAGAGAGUUUGAUGUCAUUGGUCUGUUGUUGAUCGCUACUGGCCUGGCUCUGUUCCUACUUACAUUUAGCUUGUAUAUCUAUCAGAAGGGCGAGUGGAAGUGUCCAUUAGUGAUUUGCUUUAUUAUAUUUGGUGGACUUUUAAUAAUUGCUGUCGCUUUGUACGAAAUCUAUGUUGCGCCUGUGACAUUCAUUCCUUGGGCUUUGAUGAAGGAUCGUACUGUUUUUUUCACUUACUCCAUGGUUUCCGGUCUUUACUGCGGUAUGUGUCUCCUUUUUCCUACUUACUUCGAUCAGUGGGUCCUAUAUUCCGGGUUGAUUUGGAUUUUCUAGGGAUCUGAACAUAUUUGUCGAUCAAAACUUCAAACUUCCCCAUUGUCAGCCUCAGUCCAGACUAUUAGAAACCUGGUAUAGAAUCAAUAAGAGAAACAAACCGCUAAUACUUAACUAGCAUGGUACAUUUGGGAUUCUUAUUUCUACUCCAUGCUUACAGUCGUCUUCAAGUAAGCAAUCACCAACGCUAGCUAUAUCUCCAACAUCUAGACCAUUAGACCCUGUUUCUAGGCACUAGUUGUUGGAGUUGUGAUUAGAUAUAAUGGCCGCCUUAAGUGGUUGGCUAUGUAUUUCGGCGUGCCUGUCACAAUUCUGGCCGUCGGUCUCAUGAUCAAAUUUCGCCAGCCCGACACCAACAUUGGGUAUAUAGUAAUGACACAUAUAUUCAUUGCAUUCGGUGGUGGAACUUUAGUCAUGUGCGAGCAAAUGACUGUUAUGGCAGUGUCUUCCCACCAACACAUUCCCGCUGCUCUUCCCAUAGAAGCUAUGAUUGCUAGUAUCGGUGGUGCCAUCGGGUCUACCAUUGCUGCUGCUCUGUGGACGGCAAUAUUUCUGGUUAAGCUUGCUGAGCUUUUACCUCCAUCCGCUCAAGCCGACUUCAAAACUAUCUAUGGUAGUUUGACAGUACAGUCAAGUUAUCCGAUUGGAAGUCAGACGAGAACCUCGAUCAACCAAGCUUAUGGUGAUACUCAAAUGCUGAUGUUGAUUUGUGCUACUUGCCUUUACUCAGUUACUCUUGUUUCAACAAUGCUCUGGAGGGAUAUCAACGUCAAGCAAAUUAAACAGAUCAAGGGCCGUAUCUGGUAAUGAAAUAAUUGAAGGAAGUUUGAGGACGUAGGUACGCCUCACAUGCAUGGCAGCACUCCUCAAUGUCCCAGUUCAUGAUUGACAAUCGAUGGUCUGUUGGGAGUUUUUGAAUAUAUGAAAUCUAUCACAGUUCAGACUCGGAGUACCUUGAAAUUUAAGAAUAUUUUCUGAUCGACCGAUUACAUGUCGCAAUGACACAGCUCUUUAGAAUCAGAUGCUUAGAAUCAAGGCUCCGUGUGUGAUUCAUUCGUUGAGUGGUAGAUUCAUCCUAGAGAUCAGAAGAAAGACAGGUUGCGAAGAGUACGGUUUUUGUAGCUCCCCAACAUUCAUGUUUCUGGGGUGGCACACCAAAUUGUUUGACAGAGUACUGUGACUUCAAAGUAAAGGAAAAUAUAGAAGAGGCUUGACAACCAUCAUGAGGGACAGAUUUCACCCGGAAGGCAUAAAGAAGAAAUUACAGGAGGAAUUUACGACU